UCACAAAAAAGGCUAGCUAUGAUUAACUUCAACUCCAUUUUCCUUUGUGGGAUUUUUCUCUUGCAAACAAUAGGAACUUCCUUUGCUACGGUAGUUUCAACCGGAGAUUUCAAUAAAGACUUCUUUGUGACAUGGUCUCCUAGCCAUGUCAACACUUCUGCGGAUGGUCGAUCAAGAAGCUUGAAGCUCGAUCAAAAAUCAGGUUCGGCUUUUGCAUCUAAUGACAUGUUUUUGUUUGGCCAAAUUGACAUGCCAAUCAAGUUGGUACCGGGUAACUCGGCAGGAACAGUCUUGGCAUUCUAUCUUACAUCCGACCAGCCUAAUCGAGAUGAAAUAGACUUCGAGUUCCUAGGAAAUGUCUUUGGACAGCCUUAUAUUCUUCAAACAAAUAUAUACGCUGAUGGUUUUGACAACAGAGAAGAGAGGAUUAACCUCUGGUUUGAUCCCACAAAGGAUUUUCAUACCUAUUCCAUUUUGUGGAAUAUUCACCAGAUUGUGUUCAUGGUGGACUUUGUUCCAGUAAGAACAUAUAGGAACCAUGCAGACAAAGGAGUGGCGUAUCCUAAAUGGCAGCCAAUGAGUAUCAAGCUCAGCCUAUGGGAUGGCAGCAGCUGGGCGACACGUGGCGGGAAAGACAAAAUUGACUGGUCAAAAAGCCCUUUCAUUGCAUCGUUUGGAAAUUAUACGAUUGAUGCCUGUGUAUGGAAGGGGAAUGCAAGGUUUUGCAGAGCAGAUAGCUCGAGCAAUUGGUGGAACAAAGAGGAGUUGAGUUCUUUAACAUGGAAACAGAGGAGAUUGUUCAAAUGGGUCAGGAGAUAUCACCUUACUUAUGAUUAUUGCCAGGAUAACAAAAGAUUUCAAAACAAUCUCCCUAAAGAAUGUCAUCUUCCAAAGUAUUGAUUCUUUGAUAUCCAUCAAAGAAUAUCUUUACUUUAUUAUGUUCCUUAGUUGUGGUGCUGUCAUGGUCAUAGAAUAUUUAUAAUAAUAGUGAUUUAUGGUUCGUAUUUCUGCUACACAA